CCAAGCCCACUUAACAUGUCGGAAGAAAAGAUUAUUUUGAAUGUUGGAGGCAUAAAGUAUGAAACUCUUCGAUCAACACUCACUUCUCAGCCAGACACAUUACUUGGAACAAUGUUUCGAGAUCAAAAUGAAUAUAUUAAAAAUUCUGUUAAUGGAAACGAAUAUUUUUUUGACCAAUCACCAAUCAGUUAUCAACAAUUAAAAGAAGAACUUGAUUAUUUUCAAAUUAAUGGAGCGAAAGCAUUUUCUUCAUUGGCAUCAGAAACUGCUAUAAGUGCAAUUGAUCGGUUCAUUUCAGUCCUUGAGCAAUUAAUCAUUAGUCAUUAUGUAAACUUUGACAAUAAAAUUUCUUUAUCAGCUCAUAGGUGUAACUUUUCAGUUGAUAACAAUAACAAUAAUGAUCUAUUUCAAAUUCUUAACCAAAUUAGAGGAUUUGCUUUUAUUGUUCUAUAUAAUAUGCAAAAGCGGAUUGAAAAGCAUCUAGUUGAAACUUUUUCUGAAUUAGAUUUAAAAUGGAAAUGUCGUUAUAAUGGUAGUAAUCAUUCCUUUAUGAUUGAGAUUACUUUUUCCUCUCCGAUUGAAAAACUAUUGAAACUUGAAAAUGCUCAAGCCCACAUCACAUUUGCCAAAACUCCAAUCAACGCAUCAAAUGAAAAGAUUAUAUUAAAUGUUGGAGGUAAAAAGUAUGAAACCUUUCAAUCAACUCUUGUAACGCAACCAGAAACUUUACUUGGAACUAUGUUUCAAGAUCGAAAUAAAUGUAUGAGACAUCCAGUUAAUGGAAAUGAAUAUUUUUUUGAUCGUAAUAGUGAGGCAUUUUAUUAUAUAAUGGAAUUCUAUCGAACUGGAAAACUUACUUUACCCAAUGAAUCUGAAAAAGUUACUUUUAAACAACUCGAAGAAGAACUUAACUACUUUCAAAUUCCUUUUAAUAAAUCGACAUUACUUUGUAAAUCGGCUUUGGAAACUGUUAGAAAUAAUGUUAAUAACCUCAUUUUGCGUUUUGAAGAAUUGAUCAUUCGUUGUUGUGAUUGUCUUAGAAAUAAUAUUAAAUUAGAAAUUAACCAUUAUGGCAUUAAUAUAGUUAAUGAUAAUGGUUAUUAUUUUGAUGAUUUAAAAGAUUUAAAACUUUUUUACCCUUCCAAUUUUAAGAAAUUUAAUACUUACUCUACUUUAGACAAUAUAGAAAAACAAAUUG